AUGAUAUAUUUAUUUUUAGUAAAAGGAAUCAAAAUCCGACUUGAUCCUUUACCAUUUCGUAAUGAUAAAUGUCGUGAUUUUUGUUCUCGUUAUGAUGGUUAUGGAGAUUUUUAUAGUGAUACAAAUGUUGAUAAAAAUUUAGCAACUGUUCCAUUAUUCAAUAAAACAUUAGAAGAUAAUCCAAUAUAUUCCACACCAAUUCUUGCUAUUGCUGGAAUUUCACAUAAUUCACUUUGUAUCUGUUUAGAAACAUUAUUAAUGCAACUGGGUAUUAUUCCUGAAAAUGUUAUUGUUACUGUUAAUGAGAAAUUUUCUGAAUCACUUGCAUUAAUUGAUUUAUUUGGUUUUCGAGGAGCAAAAACAGCAAGUAGUUCAACAUAUAUGGAACAUUAUGAAAAAUCAUUAAGUAAAGCUUGGGAAUUACAUCCAGCUAAGGAUAAAAUAAUUGUUAUUGAAGAAGAUCUUAUUUUAUCACCAGAUUUUCUUUAUACAUUUGCAUUAUUACGUGAAAUAUUUCGUAAAGAUGAAACAGUUGGAGAAAUACAAAUGUGGAAUCCUAAUUCUUAUGAUAUUGUUAAUGGUUCUAUUGAAUUAAUUUAUCGUGUUGAUAAUUUUUAUGGUUUAGAAUAUUUGUUAAGACGUUCAUUUUAUGAUAAAAAUAUGAAAAAUUCAUUUAAAGAAUGUUGUUCAAAACAAAAUCCACUUCCACCAUUAGCAGAUAUUGAUACAUUACGAAAAGAAACAUAUGAAAAUUUUUUAAUUCAAUCAAUUAAAUCUUCAACAUUACUUAAAUCAUUAGAAAAAUGUGAUACAAUUAAUACUGAUAUGCAUAAUUUAAUUAAAAAACAAAAUACUUCGGAUACAUUUAAAUUUAUUUAUCAACAAGAAUCAAUAGAUGAUUUUCAAUCACUUAUACCAAUUUUACCUUGUUUUGGAUUAUUUCCAUUAGAACCACUUGGUCUUUAUCAAGGAAUUCUUCGUUUUAUUUCAAAUAAAUAUAAUUUUUAUCUUAUCAGAUCGAAAUCUCCUUUAUAUAAAAGUAUUCGAACAGUUGCUUAA